AUGUCUUUCCCCUGUAAACGUGUUGCGAUAAUUGGCGCAGGAAUUAGUGGUGUCGUUGCUGCAGCGCAUCUCAAGAGGGAGGGCAUCGAGGUCACGGUCUUUGAGCGAUCCAGUGCUGCAGGAGGCAUAUGGCGUUACGACGAGCGAAAGCCCCUCGAACCAUCAUAUACGAGAGUAAAACUUUCGCGAGCUGACAGUGUUCAUGCGAGCGAAGAGUUGGAAGAUGUUGAAAGACUGCUUCACGCGCCACCAGGCCCGUGUUAUGUAGGUUUGAAGAACAACGUGAGCACACGCUUGUUAGAAACGACCUUGAAUCCGUUUCCACCUGGGACUGAGGAUUAUGUAACGCACAAAGUCUUGUGCGACUACAUACAUGCUACUGCUUUCUCAACAGGGGUGCAUGAGAUGACAAGUUACGACACCGAUGUAAGAAGUGUCACGAAAAGCGGCAAAUCAUGGACGGUUGAGACUGCAACUCUGCAGACUGAUGCGAACGGUGCGUUGAGGCGAAAUGUAUCUUCUCAAGACUUUGACGCUGUAGUAGUUGCCUCGGGCCAUUACCAUGCACCGAGAGUUCCCGACACGCCUGGACUGGCAGACUGGAAGCAACGAUUUCCUGCUAGAGUACAGCACUCCAAGCGCUAUCGGAAACCUGACAAUGCACAAAAUAAGAAUUACUUACUUGUCGGUGGAAGUGUAUCGGCAACGGAUAUCGCACGCGAACUCAGCCCGUAUGCAAACAAGAUCAUACAAAGUCAAAGAAACGGCAAAUUCGAUCUGCCUCCUAGCAUGCUCCCAGAUAACGCAUAUCGCAUUGACGAGAUAGUGUCGUACGACGAACCUCGCGUGGACACAUCGGCCUCACUAAACGACUCUGAAGCGAUUCCAGCCACCGUCACGCUGAAGUCGGGUGCAAAAAUUUGUGACAUACAUCAUGUCAUACUCUGCACAGGUUACCAUCUGACACUGCCUUUCCUGCCUCAGCUGACCUCGGACGAGACGCCAGUCGACCAGGCGGACGACGUGCUACUAGUGACGGACGGUACCCAAUUUCACAAUCUACACAAAGACAUCUUUUACAUUAACGACCCAACACUCGCCUUUAUUGGCGUGCCAUUCUUCACUGCGACUUUCACGUUGUUCGAGUUUCAAGCCAUGGUUGUUGCAAAGGUACUCUCAGGUCAGGCAAAGCUUCCAAGCAAAGAUGCAAUGAGAUUAGAGUACAAUGCCCGGGUAAAGACUAAAGGCUAUGGCAAAUCAUUUCACAGUCUGCGGGAUCAUGAAACAAGCUAUGUCAACGAACUCAUGACUUGGGUUAAUGCUGAUCUGGACAAAGCCGGCAUAGGGAGACUGCGUGGUCAUUCUGACAAGUGGCAUUCUGCAAAGGCAGAGCAGAUGGAGAGGAUGAAAGCAUUCUUUGCCAAUCCGGGCAUUGAGAGGCGACUCGAAGUGACAUGUUUAUAG